AUAGCCCGAGGGUUUUUCUGCCGUCUUUCGGAUUUCAGUCCUUGUUCUCCACUGGGCGAGAAGAGGCGAGGCGUUCGCAGCCGCCGCCCACCCCCCGUCUGCGAUCUGCGUCGCCCGUCAUGGCUUCCGGAAGUAAAGAUGACAAGCCUAGCUCAGGUGAGAAAUCUGAAGCAUCAUCUACCCAACAGCAAGCUGGUGGCCUAGGGACAACUUCAACUCCAGCGGCAGGGUUUCCAGCGAAUCCUUUUGAUUUUUCUUCUAUGCAGAACCUCCUUAAUGAUCCGACAAUUAAAGAAAUGGCUGAGCAGAUUGCUAAGGACCCUGUAUUCAGUCAAAUGGCUGAACAGCUUCAAAAGAGUGUCCAUAGCGUAGGUCAAGAAGGUGUCCCUCCAUUGGAUCCUCAACAAUACGUUUCAACGAUGCAGCAAGUCAUGCAAAAUCCUCAGUUCAUGAAUAUGGCUGAACGCCUUGGAAAUGCUAUCAUGCAGGAUCCUGGAAUGUCUUCAAUGCUUGACAGUUUGGCAAAUCCUGCUCAAAAAGAACAGAUUGAAGAACGAAUGGCUCGCAUGAAGGAUGAUCCAUCCCUGAAGACAAUUCUUGAAGAGAUAGAAAGCGGAGGUCCCUCUGCAAUGAUGAAGUACUGGAAUGAUCCUGAAGUUCUACAAAAGCUUGGUCAAGCCAUGGGAGUUGGGCCUUCAGAUGAUGGUGUUACGUCUACUGAGCUUUCAGGACCUGAAGAAGCAGAAGAUGGUGGAUAUGAGGAUGAAUCUAUUGUUCAUCACACUGCUAGUAUUGGUGAUGUUGAGGGUUUGAAGAAGGCCUUAGAUUCUGGAUCAGACAAGGAUGAAGAGGACUCAGAGGGAAGAAGAGCUUUGCAUUUUGCUUGUGGUUACGGUGAGGUGAAAUGUACUCAGAUCCUUCUUGAAGCAGGAGCUGUAGUGAAUGUAUUGGACAAGAACAAGAACACUCCACUUCACUAUGCUGCUGGCUAUGGGCGCAAAGAGUGUGUGGCACUGCUUUUGGAGUAUGGUGCAUCUGUCACUGUGCGGAAUCUGGACGGGAAGACUGCAAUUGAUGUCGCCAGGCUGAACAAUCAAGAUGAGGUCCUGAAGUUGUUUGAGAAGGAUGCCUUUCUUUAAGCAUAUCUUUCUUUGACUCCUGGACGUGUGGGUAAAUGUUGCUGUAGAAGGAAGGUCUGCAUGUCGGCUCUGCAGUUUGCACGUUGCUUCAAGUUUGCUUUUAUUUCUUGAUGCUUAGUUGAAGCUUUUGCAUGAACUUUCAAAUUAUGAAUCUAGGUCUGGAAAUCUCAUUGGUUUUAGUAUUCCCCCAUAUGUUGUUUCUGUACCAGAGUGUAUUCAUUUAAUGACCAUGCAUGAUUAAUAAUGUUUGUGUAAGUUUAUUUUCCUUCAA